GUGAACUUCUUCAGUUGAAGAAGGACGAUGUCCAUCAGCGGCACUAUGCUGCAGGCUGCCCAAGGAAGCCCUCGGUGAGCCCAUCCGACCUGCACUGUCGCCGCCGCCUUUGUUGAGAUUGUCUCACUCACCAGAGGCGUCCAUCUAUCCGCUACAUUCAUUCAUCCUUGCUGCAAUGAUGCAGAUCAUCCCGAUUCGCUGCUUUGGCUUCCUCUGUCUGGUCUCUCCAGUUCUAGGGGCGCAUUUUCGUGCUGCCCGCCAUCCAGCGAAUGCGUCCAUUCUUGAGGUGAAAGGGAGGAGAGCUGAUGCCAGUGGUGUGGCUGUGGAGUGGACAAAGGGCAAUCUGACAAUUCAGGUGCGUCACAUGCUGGUCAUGCACAUCAAAAUACCCGCAUUCAUGAAUUCAGUUUGUUGUUUUGCGCCUGCCUCAAGUCGAAGACAUUCAUCCCGCCCACCGAAUUUCUGAAGUCGAUGUCUCCCCACCCUCCUGCCGUUGUUGCAAACACAGAGGUCCUGGUCUCUCGGAGCAACAAUCCUCUCUGCGCCAUCCCCGGCCCAUCAUCGCCGAUCAACAGCACAUAUUACGUGGAUAACUACCCGUGCUGGUUCUGGUUUGAGGAGCUUCCGUCAGAUGUGCCUCACCCCUUCCCACAAGGGCAGCUGGCGUCUCAGGAGAGCGUGCGGGCGCCGGUGUACGAUUGUAUUGUCUUCGGCGCUGGGCUGGCGCUGGCGUAUAACUCACCUGUGGGGCGGUGCGAAUAUGUGAGACAUACAGACAGACAUACAGACACAGUGAUACAAAGAGAGAGGCAAGACGGAGAGAGAGAGCCAGCAAGCUGGAUAGAUGGUCUGUGUUUGCCUUUGCGUCUGUGCAGACCAUCCAGAGAGACAAGAGCGAGCAGUAUUGUUCACACGGCACUGGUGUCGCCCACCCAUGUCACGUUAUCGUAGCCCACGCACCGUUGAAGACCGUGCCCAACAGCCCACCUUUCUCUCACCUGGCAGAGAGACCCCUCCGACCUCCGAAGCCGCCAUGCUAGCCGCGAAUGCACUGCAUGGAUUGAUGGGCUGACGCUGGUCCGAUCUAUGUGCAGACAGCAGAGGUGUGUCGCUGGUGUGUGACGUCGAUAGGUCCAUUGACUGAGUCGCAAUGACGUCGUGAUGUCUUGAUGUCUA